UUUGCCAAAGUUUGCCAUGCAACGACGUGCCUCUAUUUGUCAGAAGAUGUCAGGUUUUUUCUUUAAUUUUUCAGCUAUGUACUAAAUUAGGAGAGGAUGAGCGCAAGUACGAUAGUAAUUAAGAAUCCACCAGCAAGUGCUACUGGGUCUGUUAGGAAGAGCUAUUUGAGCACCACAACUUACUCGAUCAUUGUACCAACUCUGUGGCUAGUUUCUGCUGUUUUUGCUGCUGCUAGGGCAGAUACAAGUCCAAAUGGAACAGGAGUACUAAUUUCCCUAACAAUUCAAGAUGUAAUAAUGUUAACUAUUUCUUGCUGGUUACUACACAAGUCUCUGUGUACGCGCAACUUUCUUCUUGCAGUGCCAUGGGUUGGAAUGAUGGCCUACAGUAUUUAUUUUACCCACUACAAAGGACUGUUAAAGAUGAUAUCUACCUUCAGGUAUGCCAGAGUUAGCGCAACAUUACCUUGGAUGACCGUGGCUCUCAGCAUAGCUGCAUUAGUUAUCCGUUCGUUUUUAACAAUGAGAGUUCUCCAGUUAUCAACUUACCUUUGGUACAGAAAACGACUGGAAAAGGAGUUGUAUUAUCAAUUGAUGGAAUGACUAUCAUUCAAUGCAUGUUUGCAUUUGUGGUGUGGAAGAGAUAAACAUUGUGUCCAAAUUCCUAUCACAUUUCAAUAAAAUUUAUGGUUUUUGA